UUAUCAUUAGUUGUUUUGGAUGGUUUUUCGAUUUUCGAGGUCGUACACGAAGAGCAGAUGUAACUCCGACGCAGAUUGCUUGGCACAAUGAAAUUCUGAAAUCCAACAUCAAGCGGUAUAAUCAGAAGGAACAUUAGUCCCGGUAAUACUUUCCCAACUUUUCUUCCCGAUAAAAACUCUUACAUUUCUGCCUAAAAAUGGACUAUGACACCAAAUUCACAACUAUGCACCACAUCUAGUCAGCCAGUGGACUCGCAAGUACAUACUUCUUGGCAUGCUAAAUCAUAUUACCUCCUACCUAAACUGAGGCCGUCUUAAAUGAGACCAUCUUUUUAGGUCCACCUUAUAAGCUUAUAGAACAGGUCCACCUUAUAAGCUUAUAGAACAGUUAACAAUAACAGAGAUAAAAAAGAUUAUUUGGUUUUAGAUAUUGGAGCGCCAGAAAAAAAAUCGUUAUUGUUGUGGUAUGUCACAAAUAUGUGUAGUAAAAUUAUCUCUACUGUAGUAUUUAUGUGCCUAUUGCCUAAUUUCACACUUUUUCAAGAAAACUUGACAAGGGUAUGCAAAAUAAAAUGCCUUGACGAAUUUACUAAUACAACAUCAGGCACGGCACAUUGGAAGUAUAAAGGCAUUCCUUACGCAAUAUCUGAAGAUCUGCUGUGCCUUAAAUCUGACCAUCAAAUCUUGAUGCGUGUGUGCGAUACAAAUUAUGGGCGUUGGAUACCGGAUCUGAUAGAGUGCAAAAUAAAAAUAAACAAAAACCUGCACUGCCCUGAUGACCUUUUUGAAAUUCGAAAUGUUGGUAAACUUCCGAUUUGUCUAAAAAUUUCAACUGAACCUAAAGCAUUUAAUGAACAAUUUUGCUACGGCUCAAAUAUAAUUCCAAUGGAUUUAAGAAGUUUUGAACUAUCCAAAGUAUCUCAGUUCUUGAAAAAAAUGAAUAUAAGUGAAUAUUGGCUUCCAAUUCGUCGAAAUAACGAGCUAAUGCCUUAUGAAGUACGUUUGCCAGGAAAAUCAUGGAGAAAAAAAAUAAAUAGGAGUAUAAUACACUUGAAAAAUAACCCCAACGAGCACUGUCUGAAGCAUACUAUAAGUAAUCAAACUCCAACGGACUUUAAAAGCCAAAUAGUAUCUGUGGACUGCAAUGCUUUCUUGAAUGCAGUUUGCAUUUUUAGGUCGGAACUGAUAUCUAAUGCUGGAUGCCCGAGCGGCUUUGGAGCUUUAGUCUAUCAGCCGGCAGUAUGUUAUGGUAUUGACUGGAAUAAUACUACUUCUGAACCGCUCGGUCUUAAAGAGUACUUAAAAAAACGAAAUUGGCUUAGACGGAUUUUAGCAAAGUAUGUAUCAAAGAAAAAUCGACACGAAUUUUUCAAAAUUGAUUUCUUUUUUCACCACUUGACAGAAGAAUAUGUUAUAAUAAUGAGUCUAUCUGAAAAUUUCCAAAUUGUUAGCAAAGGCUCGAAAUGGAUUCCAACUUUAAGCAAAAAAAUUGUGAAGCCAAGUAGAGCUGUUGAAAUGGUAUUGGAAAUAGAUCACAGCUCUAAAGGGCUCAGAUUGGUGAUUUAUAAUCGAAAGUAUUUAUGGGGUAAUAACAGCUCUUAUGCUGGUGUUAAAUGUUUUGCAUUUUUAAAAUAUGGCACCUUAAAAAAUGCCAGGUUGGACCUUAUUUGGGAGAAUCAAAAACAGUCGUAUUCAAUAUUUAAAGUCAAUAUAGUUUCAAGCUAUCGCACCGAAUAUUGGUGUGAAGGUCACAGUAUUUUCGAUUUUCAACUGGUUUCCGCCCGGUUAUUUGUAGAUGUUAACAGAAACACAGCGCCUGUCUUUGUUUUACGCUGGAACGUCUCAUGUAUAAAUGCCAAUUUGGCUGAUAGCUUGUGUAACGAAGUAACCGAUAAAAAUGUAAGAAAGCUGGUAGAAGGCAUUUAUGGAAACAAAAAUCUGGGUAAUCUUCUCAUAUACGACGUUCGAAUAAUGGAUGUGGAAUGGAUCAAAAAUAUGUGCGUUGUGUUUUGGAUUCACAUAACUGCGGCUCUGAAAAGAACCGCUUCAAUUUAUCACAAGGAAAUUGCCUUCGGGGAAAAUACACCGAAAACUCCAAAGGAUUUUGUUGCCUUUAUGCAAAUUAAAAUUACACUAAGCAAUUUUUUUUUUAACUUCAUCAAAAACUCUACUUAUCUCAUACGUAGUACAGAUUACUGUUUUUCAGAGCUUUCAUUUUCAAACGACGGAAUGCACCUGUGGACUACAACGCGUGUUGGUGAAAUCGCUAUGACAAAGAAUUUGUGUAUUCAAAAAGAUGGCAUGCCUUAUACGCGAUUAUGCUUAGGUGAUUUUGUCCAUGGCGCAUAUUGGAAAGAGUUAACACAACCAGUCGUAUGUGAAAGUCCCAAGAAUAAUACCAAAGUAUUGCAUGAUUUGCAAGUAGCCAAAAUGUUUAAGUCCCCACCAGAUAAAGUUUUAAAAUAUUUGAAAUAUACAAUUGCAAAUAGUAAAAAUAAUAUAGUCCCUGCUGACAUAUUCUUUAUUUAUAACAUUAUUCAGUCAGUGCUUGAAGUCCAUUCAUCAAAGUCUGCGUUUCAACAGACAAAUAAAGACUUAACUAAAUGGAAGAAUGUCCUGUAUCAGAUUUUCGAUAUAUACAAUAUAUUAAGAGGCCUUGACUCCAAAAUUAUAAAGAUGUCUGCUGAGCUAAACGCAACAAAUAAGUUUUUAAAAUCGUUCGAAAUGUUAUGUGACACUUUAUCAACUGAUUUAUCUUUCACUCAAAUAGAUAAUGGUGAAGAGUAUUUAUCUGAAUUGCACAGUGAAACAAUUGACUAUGAUGAUAUAGGAGUAUCAGUAUACAUUUCAAAAUAUAUUUUAUAUUUCUCAAUUAAUCCAAGUAUUGCCAAUGUUUCUGGAAUAGCAUUGUUUGCGAACAAUAAUACAGAAAAUACACAUACAAAACUAAAGGGAGCAUUUCAAAAUGAACAUUACCGCUUUCUUCAAGUAAAUCAUGACAUUAAUGAUAUUGUUAAUGAACCUGACUUAGAGCUUGCCGUAUAUUUGCCAAUAGAACUCUUUGACACCUUGAAAGCUUCAACCAAUGAGACAAAUGACGUUAUUGUUGUUAUUAAGGUAUACUCAAGUGAUGAACUAUUUCAACAAUCUAAUAGAAAUUUAACACUAUUAAGCCGAGUGGCAUCUAUAUCAUUACCUGGGUAUAGUUCAUUUCUGCCUGUACCUGUGCCACUUAUCUUUCGCCAAUCCAAGAACAAGGGAGUAAGUCCGCCUGGUUCCUGUUUAAUCUGGAACUAUGAGGGAUGGAUCGAUGGUUAUAGUAUGUUAAAAUAUUUCGAAAAUAACGGAGGUAUAGCGCUAUGCCUUUUGAGGCGUUUGGCACCAACUGGAUAUUUCUUAGAGAAAAUUAAUUCCAUCGAAAAUCAUUCUAUACAUAACGAUUUAAGUAUGAAUAAUACACAGGUAAAUGGAAGUAUUAUAUGUGUUAUUUUACUUUUCUGUUCCAUACUGAUGGUUAUAGGAUUCUUAUUUUGCAAGUGCAUUUGUAGGCGUUUGUAAACAAUUGUAUUACUUUGAACAUUGAGAUAAAUUCGUCGUUUGUUAUUUGGCCAUGAGCGACUUUUAGAUUAGAUCAAACUUUUAUUUUAUUGUAAUCUAUAAAUAAAAGAGGCCUCAAUCAAAACAGCACUGAGCUUUUGUUCCAAUGAAAUGGCAAGAAAUCUUCCGUUCUUUUGUGUGCAAUAUACAUAGAUCGCCGCUUAAUGAUAUUCCAGAUUUGCUAUAUGAUAUGUAACAUGUACCUUGAUUACAGUCUGAUCGUAUGAACGAUAUCGGGAAUAAUGCACGCCCAUUCUACAGACGCUAUAAUGUUAAGAUUAAGCAUGGAUUAAGAUUUUAGUAAUGCUUUGCCAGUUUGUUUCACAAUGUCUUUUACAACAUUUUUUGUUUUAUUUCAUUAAUUGUCUUGCAAUUUCUAGAAUUUUCUAGAGUCCGUACUAUUUUUAUAACUAACUUUCCUCCUGCCAAUUUCUUCAAUUCUCCUUGACUUGAAAGUAACAGGUCGUGUUUUUUCUUUGCUGCGAUUUUUUUGAUUUUUCUAAAUAUUACACGAUUUGUACACGGUGGUCUGAAUUAAGCAAAAAUGGACACAGAUGUUGGCUGCAUCCAAAAAAAUAAUGUCGUCAGGUAAUAAAGCGUGAGCAGUUAAAAAUGACCUCUUGGUUGAACUAUGCGAUAAAAUGCUGCAAACUAAGUGAGUUGGUUCAGAUUCUAAUCUUUAUUACUAUUGUGUUGCUAUUUUUGGGUAUGCGAACGGGAUGAAAUCGCUCAUGCGCCAAACAAAAGAAGGCUUUAAGUGACUGAUCAGUUUUGUCAUUGAUAAAGAUAGUAUUCGCCUUCCCUAGACUCACAACUUGCAGUGUAAAAACCAAAUAGAAACAAAUUCACUAAAAAUUUGCCGUUCUUGGCUUUCCCUUGAUUAAACAACGUCUGAUGUGUUGUCUUACAUGCAAGAUGAUAACCGACAACUUAAAGUUUCAUCGUUCAAGGUAAAGGACAGUAAUUUUUGUAUAACCGUUAAUCGUAGAAUCAAAGAUAUCCUAGAUUCGUUUAAAAGUAUGCAUAAAUUUAAGUAUGUAGUGACGUUAUCACAUAAUUAGCACUGUCCAAAGAAUUAAGAAUAUGCUGAGUGACAAAAACCAAACCAUCCACAUCCACUCACUGUAUACAAUCAAUAUCCCAAGCGGGCGAUCUCGCUCCGCAAAUAAUAUAAACAAAUCGGCAAUAUGUGACAUAUUCACAUAAUCAGCUCUUUCGGAAGAAAUACAGAGUUGCGAAUCCUACGCAAUGUACACAUAACCACAUCCGCUAGCUGAAUACAAUUAAUAACCCAAGCGGGCCAUCUCGCUAUAUAAAUAAUGUAAACAUAAGGGCAGUAUAAGAAAGAUUUGUGUCACUAACAUUUAGUCUUAAGCUGAGAUCAAAAGAAUAAAGACGUGAACAAUA